GUUUUCCAAGAAUCACUGAACAUAUGAAAGCAGACAGAAUGAAAACGAAGAUACUUGUUCUGUUCCUUCUGUUUUUACAUUUACAGUUUCCUAAAGGUAAAACAAAGGUUACAUCAAUCUCUGAUAGACAAAUACUACCAAACACGUCUUGCAGGAUACAACAUUAUCAGGGUUUAAAGCUCAUGAACUGCAGUUAUCUGAAUUUGACAUACAUACCAAAGACAAAACCAGACAUUGAAAGCUUGAAUUUUAAAUUCAAUAAACUAACAAACGUUACUCAAAAGACUUUCUUGAAUAUUAGUAAUCCAUUUCGUUUGGUUUGGCUUAAAGUCGACAACAACAAUAUAAGAAAUAUAUCAAAGGGGGCACUUGACAUAUUUCCAAAUUUGAACUUUCUGAGUUUGUCACAUAAUCCAAUUUACUUCGAUAACCUAAAGAAUCUUUUGGGCUCAUUAUCUAACUUAACAAAACUGUCUGAUUUGUAUAUCAGCGGGAUAAGCACUAUAACAUUAAAUGCAGAUCUGUUUUCUUUGCUGGAAGAAAAUUGGAUUAAAAACCUGGUAACUAAGAGUUACAACACAGAAACAAUGGAUAUGAAUAUGUUUCAAAAUUUUAAUCAGCUGCGUACUCUCAUAGUAACACACAAUCAUAUUGAAACUAUAGCAAUGUCAUCGCCUGGUAAUAAAUACAUGCAAUCGUUGUACAUAGAACAAAAUAACUUAAGGGCUUUACCAACAUUUGCAAUCAACGGAAGCGAGUCAAACUGCUUUUUUCCAAAUCUACAACAUUUAUAUGCCAAGAUAAACAAAAUUGAAAAUGUGAGAAUGGAAGAUCUGAAGUGCUUAUUGAGAUUAAAAACCCUGGAUUUGAGUAAAAAUCUAAUCACUGUAUUACAUGCUAACUUUUUAUCAAAAUUACCAAAUAUCGAGGUGUUACGGUUAAAGGAUUUAACCACACAAAGCUUAAUAGUGGAACCAUUUGCUUUUAAUUCAACAUUAUCAGUACUUCAGUUAGAAGUCAGCGGUUCAGCAAAAUAUGUUUUCCAGUCUUUGAAUAAUACAUUCAAAUCAUUGCCAAAUUUAAAGGAGCUCAUAUUAAGCGAAAUAUCAAUGCUUCGUUUAUCUGAACAAGAAAUAAUAAGUCUGUUUAAACCUAUUAGUCAUUUAGAAUACUUACAGUUGUUUGGCUGUCAAAUAGCAUCGGAUCCGAAAUUUCUUUUGAAUCACAUGAAGCAUUUAUCACAUAUCAGUUUUCAGUCUAAUUUGAUAACUAGUAUAAGUGACGAAACAUUCAAAGAAAACAAGCAUCUCCGUUAUAUAAGUUUACGAUACAACCAACUGGGUCAUAUUUACGAGUCAGCCUUGCCAAAAUCUUUACGUGAUAUGUUAUACGAAAUAGACAUUAGUGAAAAUCCUUUUGUUUGUGAUUGUGACCUUGAAUGGUUUAUUAACUGGGCAAAUCAGAGUUAUAACAAAACGAAAUUACAAAGAUAUCCUAACGAGUAUACGUGUUCGGCUCCAACAGAAAGAGCAAAACAAGCAUUGGCUGACAUACAGUUUACUUACAGAGAAUGUCAUCCGUUGAGCAAGUGGAUUUAUUUCGGAAUCAUUGCUUCGUCUACUUUAUUUGUUAUUGGUGUUAUCGCUCUAGUAUUCUAUAGAAACCGAUGGAAUAUUAAACACUACAUAUACCUGAUGCGAAGGAAACGACAUUAUGAGCUGAUUGAUGGAGAUAACUUUGUUUAUGACGCCUUUGUAGGUUACGAGUCGGAGGACUCGGCCUGGGUACACCAUCAAUUGUUGCCUGUCCUUGAGGACGAAGAAGGUUUGAAAUUAUGUAUCCAUGUAAGAGAUUUUGUACCAGGAGUUUUCAUAAAUGAUAAUAUUGUUACACAUAUGAACCAGAGUAAAAAAAUGAUUCUUGUCUUAUCAAACGCAUUUGCACAAAGCGGAUGGUGUAUGUUCGAGUUAAAAAUUGCACAUUCUAAACUGAUUGAAGAGGAAACGGAACUAGUGGUCAUAUUGUUAGAGAAAAUCGAUGGAAGAAAUAUGAAUCAUUCUUUGAAAUGUCUUUUCAAUACCACAACGUACAUUGAAUGGACAGAGGAUAGAGUUGGUCAAGAACUGUUUUGGACACAACUUAAAAACAUUAUGAACAAAUAAAUAUUGGAACAAAAUAUCUGAUAACCAAUGAAAAGAUAGAUAAAAUAUGAUAUUAUACUUGUUUCCGGAAUAUUAACAUGUACUGAAGUCCAAAAUACAUUAAUAAUGGUGAUAAAAUAUAUUGUGAAAAUAUAUAGAAUCUUUAUAUGCCUAGAUUGUAGUUGUGGCUUGUAUUUUGUUCUUUUCAAAUUAAUUUGUAAAGAAAACAAUUUACUACUCGUUAAAUUCAAUUAUAGUAAUAGAAUUCCUGAAGAACGCUCAAAACGGCAGAUUUAUUGCAGGCUCAGUUUGAUUAGGUAUGUCCAUUGCCGGCACUCGAAAGUACAAGCUACCGUUCAAGCCCCUAGCACAGGCCUAGCAGAAAUCAACAUUCAAAAUAUGAAAACGGUCAUAAUUUGAAACUGAAACAUCAGCAGAUGCGUUCAUGAGCAUGUAUAUUUAUAUUCAACGGAAAGCCUAUUUCAACUGAAAACAAUGUACUCUUCGUCAUAAAUUAAUUCUGUUCUCUUUGUCAAUCCGAAGCAAUAAAUGCAAAUAUAGAUAUAUUUACGCUUAUAUUAAAGUCUGUAUUAAAUCAUACACUUGUAGUUUGAAAAUAUAAUCAUAAACUGUUUAGGUAACGUAUAAUUAACACGGGCCUGGUGUCCGUCUUAACUGUGUUAUCUAUGUUUUUGUAAAUACAGUCAUGUCUUUUUGUAAUAGAACAUUAACUAUCUGAUUCAUUGUUAUUUCUGUCUAUAUGUUUGUAAUCUUAUGUCU